UCCGCAGAACAUCUUCGUCGCGAACGGAACAGUAGACCAGCGUGGUUGUUGUUGGACUCGUUCUCUCGUUUGGAGACGCGGAGAAAAAAAAGAGAGAGAGAAAGAGAGAGUAAGGGAAAAAGAAGGUAUAUAUAUAUAGAGAGAGGUAAAUAGAGGGACGGAGGUAGUGGCAGCUGAGAGGACAAAUUGACGGAACCGUCGCGCAAAUCCUUUACGACGGAUACCGUCGGUCGUUACCGGUACCGCUGCCGUUACCGAUACUCAGCCACGAUCGAACGGGAGUUUCAGUCUCGUUCCAUCCUAACCGCCGUGUCUAGUCCCCUUUGCCGAUCCGCAGACGACGAUCGGCAUCGCGGAGAAGUUACUCUGCCGCAAGAAAUCGAUCUCGAGCGCUCUCAGUGAUCCCCCGUCGAGCUGGUCGAACGAUUGCGACCACCGAUCGGUGUGCCCGGUUGACGAUCGUUCGGCUGCCAGUCGCGCGAUGAUCGCGAUCGCGUCGAUGUAACGGGCUGGGCAUCGGUGAAUUGUGUUAAGUGACCCUGGCCAGGGAAGAUCGGUACCGCUGGAACUCAACGGGACAGACGCCGACAGACGGUGCACGCGUCGAUCGGUGGUGGGCAACCGGUCGAAGGAACGCGAGCAGAGGCGAGACGACGCGCCAAAGGGUAACCCCAGGGGUUGGAAACGCGAAAGGAAGGAAGGCGGAGCUGAUAAGGCGAUAACGCGGCUGCCGGGAUGCGGCACGAGGAGCCGCUAAGCUGCAGCUAACACGUGGCGACUCCGCACGCACUCCGCGAUCGCUAGGGAAGCGUAUCUCAUCGUGAGAGGCUGGGACCUCCAGGAUGCCAGGGGUGUGGAGGUUGCUACGUAUGAUGAUCUAUAUGGUGGUUGGCUUGAAGAGCGUCGGUAGCAACAGCGACAUUUGGCCGCUGGAGAGGCCAGAAGGAAUGCCAGCCAUACAAUCCCUCGAAGUGAUGUGCGGAAAGGAUCACAUGGACGUGCAUCUCUCGUUCUCGCAACCCUUCGAAGGCAUAGUCUCGUCCAAAGGCCAGCACGCCGAUCCUCGAUGCGUCUACGUUCCGCCUUCCACCGGGCAAACUUUCUUCUCCUUUCGGAUAGCCUACGCGAGAUGCGGCACCAAACCGGACAUGCACGGCCAAUUCUACGAAAACACCGUAGUCGUUCAGUACGACAAAGACCUGCUCGAGGUCUGGGACGAGGCGAAACGAUUGCGAUGCGAGUGGUUCAACGAUUACGAGAAAACCGCCUCGAAACCGCCGAUGGUGAUCGCCGAUCUCGACGUGAUACAAUUAGACUUCAGAGGCGACAACGUGGAUUGUUGGAUGGAAAUUCAACACGGCAAGGGACCAUGGGCGCCGCCGGUCUCCGGGAUAGUGCCGCUCGGCUCCACCCUCACCCUGGUCGUCGCUAUAAACGAUUAUCGAGGAGAAUUCGACAUGCGUGUCAAGUCGUGCGUGGCGUCGGACGGUGGUGGGCACACGAUACAGCUAAGCGACGAGUUCGGAUGCGUGCUUAGGCCGAAAAUGAUCAGCCGAUUCCUGAAGGCGCGGGGCUCGGAUGAUCGGGCGACAGUCAUCACUUACGCCUUCUUUCACGCGUUCAAGUUCCCGGACGCGCUCAGCGUGCACAUCAAGUGCAAGGUCGAGAUUUGUCGUCACGGUUGUUUGGAUCACUGUCAACUGAGCGGGUCCGUUGGCCACUACAUUCAGGAGCGCAAGGAUCAGAUACGACCGCAGUAUUCGCAGACCACAGCACCGCCCACCGUUCACAAUGACGACAAUAACAGCGCCGACAAGGAUAACGAAAACGCUGGAGGGGGAGCCGAGCAACCGGACGGCUCCCUUUACGACGACAUCAUUCAAGAUGGUGACGAGAUGACCUCGAUAGGGGGUCACUUCUUGGGGGUCGAGAAGUCGGUCCCGAAGGCGCAGGCGCAGACGAGCAACCGAUUACCGGCGCCGGUAGUCGAGCCACAGGACGAGGAGAUUCAUCCUGACGACGGCGAUCUCUCGAGGCCAUUCUUGGAUCCACCGAGAGUGACGCGAUACGAGAGCGAACAGGAUCAGUUCCCUCAUGGUCCGCGGAAUCUCGAGGGUGAGACAGCUGUACCGGUGACACCUCUUUCGUCUCCGAACGGCAGACGAAAGAGGUCGGUCGUGGUGUCCGACAGAAAGAUACGUAGCGCGGACGUCGGCGUGAGCGGUCUGUACGAAGUGAUUUCCGAGGCCGAUCUGGCCUUCAGCCCGGACACUCACGCGGAAGCUGUAACGGUCUUCCAAGGUAGAAUACGGGAGGAAGUGGUUUAUGGUAUCUGCCUGCCCAUGCCCGGUUUCAGCGCGUUGUUCAUCGUUGUUGCUCUCUCCGCGGUGAUCUCUGCCCUCGUGGCAGGGGCGAUGCUUCAUCGGCUGCAAGCGCAACGCGAGGCGGUCGACAGCAGAAAGAACAAUAGGGCCGUGCACACGACCAACGGUUGGCUGCCGUACGGGUUGCUACGCGUGCGCUGCACGAUGAGACCGGCUCAUCCCGAGCAAAUCCAACAAAAACAAACGAGUCCAGUCGCCACGAGUCCCUCCGUCGAGAGAGGUUGACCAUUCGCGACUGUUCGUGCCGGAGA